GAUGUCAGAUCUCAUCGAUCGGUUCGCACUUUGCGGGUUUCUCCGUGUCUGCAAGCAAUGUAGUGACCUUUUGAACUUUGAAACACUAUACGUUUCGACCCACAGGUGACAAAUUGUCAAGUUCGGCGGAGAGCUCGAGGAUGUUGGAAAUAUGCAAGCUCAGCCUGAUCCACAGGUCCGUUUCCAAGAUGGCCGCCGGAGCACAGACUCCAGACUUGUAGCGUCAAACUCCGAAAGAAAGCGAAAAAAAAAGCUCUUUCUCCUCGGCCCACUUCAAAGCUCACUUAGCAACAUGAGCGGACGAUGACGUUUGUUAGCAGCACUAUAGCCGAGCACGACGCCAGUAGAGCGAUGGCAAAAGCCAGCAGGCUUUAGGAGGGAUUGAUUGUAAAGGCAGCAUGGACAGCUUCUUCAAAGCGGCAGUUUGUGACCUGGACAAAGUGCUGGACGACUUUGAGCUGAGCGCAGAUGAUGUCGCCCGCAAGUCGGUCUUCGGAAAGUCCCCGCCGUACAAGUUGACGGCUUUGGGCUCCUCCGGGGCGUCCGGCGUGCCCCCCGACCUUCCCGACCUCAGCGCUCUCCGCUACGGCGGUGGCGCCGAGCGCAACGGCGGUGGCGCCGAGCGCAACGGCGAGGCCCCGGUACAGCCUCUGACCCACGUGGACCUGCUCUCCUCCGUAGACCGCGGCGCCGCUCAGAGCUCGGCACUUCCCUGCCCCGACCGGGCCCUCGAGCCUGUGUGCGACCUGGUCAACGACACGGGUUCGGCCGUCCGAGCCGACAGCCACGAUGCCUUCGGUGAGCUGGACGCCGCCGAGAGGCGGUUGGAGGAAGAAGAGAAGGAGAGCGAGGAGGAAGAGGAGCUCCUGUUGGACUUCAGCAACCUGGUGCUGGAGGACCGCGACAUGCCCAGCCAGAACUCCAACUGGCACCAGCAGCUGAGUCUGCUGGACAUCAUCCUUCCUGCAGAGGAAGUGCGAGCGGAAGCGCGAGAUGACGGCGAGGCCCAAGACGAAGGCUACGAGGAGGAGAGCCCGGAAGACGACCCGGCCGAGACGAGCGCUCAAACCUCGAGGGCCUCGCUAGGCUCUCCGAAACCCCCGGCGGGUCCCAGCAAGGUGGAGUCGCCCCCAGAGUCGGACAACGAAGCUCCCGUUAGCAGCCCUGGAGAGCGACGCGAAGCUGAGGGGACGGAGGCGGACUCUCUGUCAGCUUUGGACGCUUCUUGCCGUGAGGAACCCCUCCACUCAAUUUCCCAGCAGCAGCAGCUGCAGGAGCGCUGCGUGGUAGAGCUUCCCGCCCCCGUCCCUCCCGCCGAAGCUUUGCCCUCGGAGCCCAGCCCGGUGGACCUACCCGAGUUCGGCUUCGAGUAUCUGCCCGAGAGCGACCAGGCUGAGCUGCUGGUCACGGACGAGGAGCUGGACGCCUUCCUGCGGGCCGAGGCCGAGCGGGGCGGCGUCUCCGUCCAGCCGGGGCAGGCGGCGCCGCCGCCCGACGGGGACCUUGCUUAUGAGGAGCCGAGGAGUUGCGCGCAAGCUCUGCGAGGCCCGGCGUCUCCGGGAAGUGACAGGAGCCUGCCGACGCCGUCUCUCUGCCGGGACUCGCCUUGUCAGGAAGGGAGCCGUCCCCCCACCGAGCAGCAGCACAUUUCCCACGGAGGGGCGAGACCCAAGCAGCCGCUCCCGCCUGCCUCCGCCGCCACGUCUUCCCAAUCGGCAGACGAGGAGCAGGAGGAGAACCAUGACCGCAACGAGGAGGAGGAGGAGGAGGAGAGUCCGCCACGCAUGAGCCCGGGCUUCCUGCCGCAUUCCCUCGGCGGCUCGCUCUACGCGGCACCGGAGCCGCCGGAAUACACGGCCAGCUACGAGGAGCUCUCCGAGCCGCCGCCCUACCCCGGCGAGGGCGGCGCUCGGCCCGCCGGCUGGAAGGAGGAGGAGCCGGGCGGCCGGCAGCCCGCCUGGGUGCCCGACUCGGAAGCCCCCAACUGCAUGAACUGCUCGCACAAGUUCACCUUCACCAAGCGGCGCCAUCACUGCCGCGCUUGCGGCAAAGUGUACUGCGCGGGCUGCUGCAACCGCAAGUGCAAGCUCAAGUACUUGGAGAAGGAGGCGCGCGUGUGCGUCGUCUGCUUUGACACCUUGCAAAGAGCGCAGGCCCUGGAGCGGAUGAUGAGCCCCACGGGUCCCGGUCCCAACCCCAACGUCCCGUCACAGUACUGCAGCACCAUCCCGCCCCUGCAGCAAGCCCGAGCCGCCGGCACCCUCAACUCGCCGCCGCCCACUGUCAUGGUGCCCGUGUCGGCGCUCAAGCACCCCGGCGGCAGCGACGGCUGCCCCCGGGAGCACAAGCGAGUUUGGUUCGCCGACGGCAUCCUGCCCAACGGGGAAGUGGCCGACACCGGCAAGCUGGCGGCGCCCGCUUGCCGGAGCUCACCCGAGUCGGAAGAAACGGCGUCGGGCCCGAGCGUCCCAGAGGGGGUCCCGCCUCCCCCUUGCGGCCCAUGGCACUAUGCGCUGCUGGCGGGCUUGGGCUCUGCGGUCCGGAAGGCUCCCAGUCUGCUGCCCGACUCGGAGGACCAACUUCCUCCUCUCCUCAUUGCCACGGCGGAGGACGCAGCAGGAGCAGACGUCUUGGUGGAGGAGAGCCCCGCGCCUUGCCAGAUUCGACACCUCUUAGAAGAGGGGGGUCCUCGCCCUUUGACCUUUGUCCUCAACGCCAACCUGCUGGUCAACGUCAAGAUGGUCACCUACGGCGAGCGUGAGUGCUGGUGCUUGGGCUCCAACGGGCUGCGAGCCCUGGGCCAGAGGGAGCUGGUCUUCCUCCUGGAGCGUGUCCCAGAAGACCGAACGCCUCCCCGAGACCUCUUUGCGCUGUGCCUCAGUAUUCAGCAGGACGCACAAAGAGGCAAGUUUGUGGACGAGCUGGACAACGUGACCUUUGCCGGCAGCUUCCUGGGCAGCAAAGAUCACGGCGGGAUGCUCUUCUUCUCUCCCACCUGUCAGCCGCUGGAGGGCCUGACUCUGCCCUCGUGGCCUUUCCUCUUUGGCCUUCUCAUCCAAAAGCUGGAGGUGCCCUGGGCCAAGGUCUUCCCCCUCAGGCUGCUUCUACGACUCGGCGCCGAGUACGACGUCUACCCCAGCACCCCCAUAAGCGUGCGUUUUCGGGAAUCGGUUUAUCGCGAGACGGGACACACCAUCAUGAACCUCCUGGCGGACCUGAGGAACUACCAAUACAGCCUGGCGUCCGUGGAGGGUCUGAGGGUCCACAUGGAGGUGGGCCGCAGCUUCAUCGACAUCCCCAAAAGCAGCUUUGGCCAGAUGCAGCGGGUGUUGAGCGGCGCCAACGAGCACGUGAUCACCGUCGGCGCCACCUUGAGUCUGCGGGCCGACUCGCACCUGGUGUGCUUCCAGAACGAGGACGGCAGCUACCGGACGCAAGCCGCCAGCGUGCCCGGCAAGACGCGCACGGUGACAGGGGCCAGCUUCGUGGUCUUCAACGGCGCCCUGAAAGCCUCGUCGGGCUUCAUCGCCAAGUCAAGCAUCGUAGAAGACGGUCUGAUGGUGCAGAUGCCCCCCGAGACCAUGGAGGCCUUGCGGGCGGCCCUGCGCGAGCAGAACGACUUCAACAUCGCCUGCGGAAGGACGGACGAGACGGACGUCCGGGAAAACGUCAGCGUGCGCUGGCUUGACUGGACGCCGCCCAUCAACACUGGAAUGACAAGUGACGUGGACGGGCGGAGUCUGGAGGGCGCGCGCUCCGUGAGGAUGCGGCAGGACGCCGAGUUCGAGUGUGACGGACACGUCAUCGCGUGUUCCGAGGUCUUCUACCAGCCGACGUCCGCCGAGCACAGCCCCUUCCAGAAGGAGCUGGCCGCGGCCGCCUGCGGCGCUUUGACACCUCAUCUGGCCGCCCUCGCCGCCAGCGCCAUCAACUCCUUCAGCCUGCGUGUGUCCACGCGAGACGACGUGGUGGAGUACCAGGCCGGUUGGGGCGAGCGCCCCCUCCCCCAGCGCUACACCAACGAGCUGGACAGCGCGCUGAUCCCCGUCAUCCACGGGGGCGGCGCCAUCGUGCCCCCGCCCGCCCCCGUGGACAUGGAGCUGCUCUUCUUCAUCACACACGCCAUCUGAAGCUCAAAGGAGCGGUUCUAGAAGAGGACAGCUUGAGGAGCCACCAAAUGCCACGAGCCCGCCGCUGUUGCUCUCUUUGUGGUCGGGCGUUCUGCUGGCAGCAAACUCCAAACUUUAAUGUGGUGACAUUCGAUUGACGUGCGUGUCCCCAACUCAAAGAGCAACGACUCAAAAUGGGCCGCCCGCCCGCCCGCCCUCUCUACGGGUGUUGCAGAUUUUGGCCCACCUGCUUUGAUGCCGUCUCGGGGCCCAAGAACGGCGUUGAUGCGAGAGGAGGCGCUUGGGCAUGUCAGGUUUUGCUCUUGCGCCAUCUUGUGGCACCUGUGGGCCAUUACAGAUUCCGAGGAUCUUUUUUUGCCCCCCCCAAACCCCCGCUGACACUUCAAUGAUCAUGACUGAUCCUGAAUGUACUUAUCCUGCAGCUUUAAACUUGACAGUGUAGGGUUCAAAGGUCACCCUGUCGCCAGCGUCUGACCGAACUUCUCGGGGACCCCAGUGCAUUGCGUGAGACCAUUGUGUUGCUUUUUUUCUUCUUUUAUUUCAUCUCGGGUCUUUAUUGAAUAAAUGUGCAUAAGAGAGA